AUUUUCAGCAAUUUUUUGCUUGGGUGAAUGAAUAUUGCCGAUCAAGUGUUAGAAAACAAUCGAAAUUUUACAGAUAAUAAAUCCAAAGUUGAUAGUUGCUUCGGAUUUAUGAUGAUUUUAGAUUAACAGGUAGUGAUACAUUUUGAAUUAGAAAGAUUACAACACAGUGGAACAUCAUCACAAAAAUGUCGGCCGAAUCAGCAGUCUACGAAGCACUGGUGUAUGCCUGCAGUCAGAAUGCUCAGAUGUUGAAACCGGCCGAACAGAAACUGGCAGAAUGGGAAGUGCAGCCUGGAUUCCAUUUAACUCUGGUAAAAUUUUUCUCCGAUCAAUCAAUUGACGCCAACGUCCGAUGGAUGGCUUCGCUCUAUUUUAAGAAUGGAGUCCUUAAAUAUUGGAGGAAAAAUGCACCUAAUGCGAUCCCGUUGGAGGAGAAAGCUGAAAUUAAAAAGAUGUUACUGAUGAGAUUUAACGAACCAGUGCAGCAAAUUGCGGUUCAAAUCGCGGUACUGAUAGGGAACAUAGCUCGCUUUGAUUGUCCCCAUGAAUGGAUGGAACUGGUGCCAACGCUAGUGGAGGUAGUCCAAAGCAACGAUUUGCUGGUGCAACAGCGUGGCCUGCUGGUCCUGUUGCAUGUCGUGAAAGUUCUCGCUUCCAAAAGAUUCCAGCGCGACCGAAUUCAUUUUGAGGAUCUAACAAACAAGCUGUUCGAAUUUAUUCUCAACUUGUGGGAUGCAUUCACGCAGCUAUUCUUCACCAGCAUUCAGGAACAUGCUUCUUUGGAUUUAUGUGCUACAAAUUUGGAGAAAGCCAUAAUAUCCUUGCGGAUUUUAAAGAAACUGACAAUUUACGGUAUUGCUGCACCUCAUCUGCAUCCCAAAUGCAUGAUGUUUAUACGUGUCGUUUUUCAACGGCUAAAGGAAUUACUAGACUGUCGACUACAGGUCAAGCAAAUCGAAAAGCAGCAGCAGCUAUCCGAUAAACUAUCCGAACAGGUCGAGAAGUUUAUCAUCAAACAUAUGAAGUUCCUGAAUUUAUUUUUCGAUACACAUCCCGCAUCGUUUGUUGAGUUCAUUCCAGCGGCCUUUGAGUUUUCGUUCAACUAUGUCUUCCACGAAGGAACGAAUCUCAUCUUCGAGGACAAUGUAAUCACAUUCCCGAACUUCGCCAUACAGUGCUUAAACCUGAUUAAAGGAAUACUUUCCCAUAAUCUCAUCCACGUGGAUAGCGAUAAAGAGCAAAUUAUCAUCGCAGCAAAGAAUGAAUUCUUUACACCCGAACGACUGAGCUAUAUUUUUGAGAAGAUUAUUAUGCACUAUUUUUUACUUUCGUAUGAUGAAUUUGAACUGUGGGACUGUGAUCCGGAAAGUUAUGUUUCGGACGAGGGUGGCGAUUCUUGGAAAUACAAUUUAAGGUCUUGUACAGAAGCAUUUUACAUGAUACUGUUCCAAAAGUAUAGUCCUAUGUUGAUAGUAGAGCUUCAGAAGUUUAUCUUGAAAUCCCAAUCGAUAACGUUGACGGAAGCAUCCGAUAUCAGCGAUCUGCUGAUAAAAGAUUCAAUCUACAAUGCUACAGGACUGGCCGUGUUCAACCUGUUCGACGAGGUGAGUGAUCCAAACUAUUGUAAUAAAUUCCUUUACAUAGUUUAACAACUAGACACUAAU